AACAGCCUCAGGUUACUCGCAGAAAAGAUUUAUUAGCUCGCCGCGGGGGUUGAACCGAGGCUCCUAGCUGAUCGCGCGGGCACAAGGCGAGCGGACAAGAAAGCUUGCUUUGUGCUCACCGGCGGGCGGCGGCACGGACCCCCUGCGAUGGAAGCCGUCGGCGUCACUCCUGCCCCCGUGGCGGCGCCGGAGAAGAAGAAGCUGCUUGACCUCAAGGACCCCUUCCCCGCCGCCGCCAACAGCGGCGCCAAGGCGUCCUCGGCGAGUAAGUGGGCGACGAAGAAGAAGCUGGUGGGCGGCGACGCCGGCUACGUGCUCGAGGACGUGCCGCACCUCACGGAUUACAUGCCCCAGCUCCCGGUGCGUUCGAGAGUCCCCCAUCCUCUUGGUGUGUCACGUUGGGUUCCUGACGACAUACCCGAAUCCUCUCCAAGACAACCCGGCGUAUUCAGUCGUCAAACACGGAUGUUCGUUCCAAAGCUGACCUUUCUCCCCGCCACGUGUUCUUCCUCCCAGGCAGUAUUUCGUCAACCCAGACGACACCGUCACGCAGAAGAUUGUUGUUCAUAAGACCAGUGCCAGGGGCACCCACUUCCGGCGUGCCGGGCCACGGCAGCGGGUGUACUUCCAGUCCGAUGAGGUGAACGCCGCCAUUGUCACCUGUGGAGGCCUCUGCCCGGGAUUGAACACGGUCAUCCGCGAGCUUGUUUGCGGCUUGUAUGAUAUGUAUGGCGUCUCCAGCGUCGUCGGCAUAGAGGGUGGAUACAAGGGUUUCUAUUCUAAAAACACUGUUGCGUUGACACCAAAGUCGGUGAACGACAUCCAUAAGAGAGGCGGGACUGUCCUCGGAACCUCAAGAGGAGGGCAUGACACUGCCAAAAUCGUUGAUUGUCUUCAGGACCGUGGCAUUAACCAGGUCUAUAUUAUCGGAGGCGAUGGCACUCAGAAAGGCGCUUCUGUAAUUUAUGAGGAAGUCCGGAGACGGGGUCUCAAGUGCUCUGUUGUCGGUGUCCCAAAGACUAUUGAUAACGACAUCGCGGUGAUUGACAAGUCGUUUGGAUUUGACACUGCUGUGGAGGAGGCCCAGAGGGCCAUCAAUGCUGCUCAUGUCGAGGCUGAAAGUGCGGAGAACGGCAUCGGUGUCGUGAAGCUUAUGGGCCGCAACAGUGGUUUUAUCGCGAUGUACGCGACUCUAGCUAGCCGUGAUGUGGACUGUUGUUUAAUCCCGGAGUCACCCUUCUACCUCGAAGGGAAGGGAGGACUCCUCGAGUUCGUCGAGAGGCGGCUCAAGGACAACGGCCACAUGGUCAUCGUGGUGGCCGAGGGUGCUGGGCAGGACCUCAUCGCGAGAAGUAUGAAUUUCGUGGACACCCAAGACGCUUCUGGAAACAAGCUGCUUCUGGAUGUCGGCCUUUGGCUAUCCCAGAAGAUAAAGGAUCAUUUCAAGAAGAAGCCCAGCUUCCCGAUAACCCUCAAGUACAUCGACCCGACCUACAUGAUCCGCGCCGUCCGGUCGAAUGCUUCUGACAACGUCUACUGCACUCUGCUGGCCCACAGCGCCCUCCAUGGCGCCAUGGCGGGGUACACCGGCUUCACGGUCGCUCCGGUCAACGGCAGGCACGCCUACAUCCCGUUCUAUAGGAUCACCGAGAAGCAGAACAAGGUGGUGAUCACGGACCGGAUGUGGGCGAGGGUGCUGUGCUCGACGAACCAGCCCUGCUUCCUGAGCCACGAGGACGUGGAGAACAUGAAGCACGACGACGACGAGCACCACCACAUGCACAACACGCAGCUCCUGGAAGGCGGGAGCUCGCCGGUGUCCAAAUGCAAUGGCUCGGCAGCGGCAGUGUGAGGGGCACGAGAAUACGCAAGGAUAUAGAUAUAUAUAGUAUUAAGCAUGUAGCUAUGGAUGUUUUUUUUCCUUUUGCUUUUUUGGGUGCUGGCGUUGUAGAGAGUAUUUGGUAAUAAUAAUAUAAUGCUUCGCUGAGAUUAAAUCUCACUUUUCGCUGUUCGUAAUUGGGGGGUGAGACUCUUUUAAGGCUCAUAUGGGCUGUCAUAUUGAAUAUUACAAAAAUCUUCAGAGAGCCAGAGAGGCUUAGAACAUGUACAUUCAUAUUCAUAUAUAGAGAGAGACAAGUAAGAAGAUUGUUCAA